CCGGCCUCGCAAAGCCCCAUGCGCCGGCUUAUGAUUGGCUGCGCCGCAGCCCUUCCUUCUUUCUCAGCUGCCAGGAGUGGAGGCCGCCGCGAUGAAUGACACAGUGACCAUCAGAACCAGAAAGUUCAUGACGAACAGACUGCUUCAGCGUAAGCAGAUGGUUAUUGAUGUUCUUCAUCCUGGGAAGGCUACUGUCCCCAAAACAGAAAUCAGGGAGAAGCUGGCAAAAAUGUAUAAGACGACCCCAGAUGUAAUAUUUGUCUUUGGCUUCAGAACACAUUUUGGUGGUGGCAAGACAACAGGCUUUGGCAUGAUCUAUGAUUCCCUGGACUAUGCAAAGAAGAAUGAACCAAAACACAGACUGGCCAGGCAUGGCUUGUAUGAAAAGAAGAAGACUUCCAGGAAACAGCGAAAGGAGCGUAAAAACAGAAUGAAGAAAGUCAGGGGCACAGCCAAAGCGAAUGUUGGUGCUGGCAAGAAGAAAUGAAGUGUCUAGCAGGAAUGUGUAUAUUAGACUUUCAUGUUUCCUAUAACUGCGCUGGUGUAGACUCCAACAGGUGUGUAUACAAGCAGUGCUUAUUCUUUUAACUGGUGCACGCUGAAUCCUUGCUCUUGCUGUAGUGAAUCUAGAGAAGGUUAAUAUUCAUGUUAUUCUCCAAGGUGGCACUCCAUGGUGCUUUCUGCCUCUCAGACCUUUCUGACCAAAUUGGUCUGAUGGAGUGGAUUGUUGCUUAUGAACGCCUAAGAUGUGCUGAUAGUUGGUCAGUGAUGGAUAUAUAGCUAGUUUGUUUAGGACAACCUUCUCUUUGAGUCUUUGCUUCCCACGUAAUCUGAGGGUGUGUUAGAAAGUAAGCUUGAAAAUUAAUUCAUUUCAUAUGCAAAGAUCAUUUUACUUACUGGACUACUUACCCAUUGUUUAUGGCUAUAUAGAGAAGCUAUGUUGCAUAGUGCCUCCAUUAGUGUUCCUUACUGCUGUUUAUUGUCACUCUACACAAAACGGCUUUAUUUUAAAGUCGUUGUUACUUUUGUACAAAUGUUACAGCUGCUUUGCAGGCUUACUUUCCUUGUGAAAGUUUGUCAACUGUUCAGGGUUAUACAGAUAAAGUGUUCUAGCUUUUUUACAAAGGGCAAAGGUUUUUCUAAUCAGCUGUGCAAGGCCACUUCCAUGGUUCAUUUGACUGGAGAAGUGGUGACCUUUUGAAGCAGAAGUUGCAACAAACAGCUGAUCUGCUUGUUUGUGUUUAUUUCAGCAAUGCACUGAACUAAGUGGGUAGCUACAGUUUCUGAAGAACCAGAGUUAUACUGUACUAAACUGACUGUUCAUGGAUGUUUUCUAUUAAGCCAAAGUGGUAAUAGCAUCUAUUCAUGGAACAGUGUUCCAUUUUGCUUUAGGUAUAUACCUGUCUCUGCCAAAAUACAUUUUAAAUCCAGCUACACCCAAAGCUUGAGUCUGAGCGCAAAUUUUGUUUUUGAAAAAUGCCUGGAUUUUAUUUUUAUAACUACAUGUGCAAAUAGGCCUCUGGCAACACCCAACUGUGUAUGUCAGGGGCUCUCAAACUGUGAGUUGCAGCCCCUGGGGGGGUCAUAAGCAGCUUAAAAGGGGGCUGCAGACUUCCCAGGGGGUACCGCAGUGGUGCGGGGCAGCAGUGGCACAGAGUGGUGGAUGGUGGCGGCUGCUGUGUGAGAGCUCACCAUCCAGCACUUGGGGUUGUGGUAGCACAAAGUUUGAGAAACCUGGUGUGUGUGUGUGUGUGUGUGGUAAUUCACUUCUAGAAAUUCAUAGAUAACAAAGGAUCAAAAGCCUUGUUAAUUGCUGCAGAUUUCUUAAGAAGCUUGUAGUUGGCUUUAAGCUUCCAGGCAAACGGUCUUCUUCCUUUUUUAAGAGCACUAUUUAAAUGAGUAUGAAGCCCAGCAGUGCCCUUUAUAGUGGAUGAGUUCUCAAAAUUCUAACUGAUUUCAUUAUUUAUUUAGCAAAUGCAAAUCCAUGCAGAUUUUAUAGGGUAUCAUGACUGAAAAAUUUUGCUCAAGUCUAUCAUUUAAAGGAUUACUAACUUUUUUUUUUUUUUUUUUUCCCAUUUCCUCCUCUGUUUCAGUGAGCUGAUAAAUAGAUCUUGCAG